AUGCAUUAUGGCCUUUAAUUUGUUUUGUUAUCCUUUCUGAAUAGUUCAUCUAUUUUGUGGAUAAGUAUUUUUAAAAAUUUGGGAAAUCAACGGACUGUUAAUGAUAUAUAUCCCUGUGUUUGACUUAUGUAUAUGUUAUAAUUGGGAGAUAUAUGCAUAUCUAUGCACGUCUCGUGGUGAGUGAAUCUACAGAGACAACAAAUGGAGAGUGGAGAAGCUGGAAGAUCAGGAGCUGGAGGUGUUAGCCUUUUCGAGACAAGAAAGGCGAGAAGUAAUGGAGUGAGUUAUAAAGUAUUUGCCGCGACUAUAGGUGUUGGGAUACUGCUGAUAUGGGUGUACAGAUUGGUUGAGUUGCCGGCUUCAUCAGGUGGAGUUGAUGGUGGAGAUGGAGAUGGAGAUGGAGGAGGAGGAAGAAGAAGAAGACUGGCUUGGAUUGGUAUGUUCUUGGCUGAAUUAUGCUUCGGGAUCUACUGGAGUUUCACUCAGGCCGUUCGUUGGAAUGUUGUUUAUCGUUAUCCUUUCAAGGACAGGCUUCUUCAAAGGUACGAGAACAAGUUACCAGGAGUCGACAUUUUUGUCUGCACUGCAGACCCGAAAGCAGAGCCACCAUUGUUGGCAAUUAACACUAUCUUAUCGGCAAUGGCCUACAACUAUCCAACUACGAAGUUGAGUGUCUACCUCUCCGACGAUGGUGGCUCCGAAUUCACAUUCUAUGCAGUCUUAGAGGCUUCACAUUUCUCAAGAUCUUGGAUACCCUUCUGCAAGAAAUUCAAUGUUGAGCCUAGGUGCCCUGAAGCUUACUUUUCCCGACAGUUCAAAUCGCCAGCAAUGGAGGAACAUGAUGAUCAAGAAUGGCUAGCAAUGAAGAAACAAUAUGAAGAUAUGAAGAACAGAAUCGAGUCAGCGAUUGUUAAUGGUAGUAUUUCAAAAGAAAUAAGGAAUCAACAUAACGGAUUCUUAGAAUGGAACGAUAAAAUAACAAAACAUGAUCAUCAGCCAAUAGUGCAGAUUAUCAUUGAUGGGAGAAAAACAGAUGCUGUAGAUAAUGAUGGUUGCCGCCUACCUACUUUAGUAUACAUGGCAAGAGAAAAAAGACCCUCAGUUCCUCAUAACUUCAAAGCAGGAGCAAUGAAUGCGUUGAUAAGAGUAUCAUCAGAAAUAAGCAAUGGAGCUGUCAUCCUUAAUCUGGACUGUGACAUGCAUGCGAAUAAUCCCGACACAAUCCAAGAAACACUUUGUUUCUUCAUGGAUGAAGAGACUGGACAUGAGAUUGCCUAUGUGCAGUAUCCUCAGUGCUUUAGUAAUAUCACUAAGAAUGAUUUUUAUGCCAAUUCUGCUACAGUUAUUCAACAGAUUGAACUUGCUGGCAUGGAUGGAUAUGAUGCAGCCAUCUACAUUGGCACCGGUUGUUUUCAUCGAAGGGAGAGUUUAUGUGGAAGGAAAUUCUCUGAGGAUUUAAAAGGAGAGUAUUUAUGGGAGACAAACAAAAAGAAUGUUGAGAAAACGGUUGAGGAAAUGGAAGAAGAAUCAAAAGUUCUUGCUGGUUGUAGCUUUGAAAAGGGCACUCCCUGGGGCAAGGAGAUGGGAUUGGUGUAUGGUUGUCUAGUUGAGGACAUGAUUACUGGCUUAUCGAUCCAGUGCAGAGGCUGGAAAUCAUAUUACUAUCUCCCAGACAAAGCUGCCUUUUUAGGGCUUGCUCCAAACACCUUAGACCUUAGUCUUAUACAACACAAGAGAUGGUGUCAAGGGAUGUUUCAGAUAUUUAUCUCAAAGUUUUGCCCUUUCAUAUUUGGACAUGGCAAGAUCAAACUUGGUGCUCAAAUGGGAUAUUGUGUUUAUCUCUCUUGGGCUCUUCUUUCUUUACCUACAUUCUACUAUGUCAUGGUUCCUCCUCUUUGCUUGCUUAAGGGCAUUCCCUUGUUUCCAAAGGUGUCAAGUUUAUGGUUCAUACCUUUUGCAUAUGUUUUUAUCACCAAGAAUGCUUAUAGUUUAUUGGAGGCCAUGAGUUGUAAGCUUACCCUAAAAGGUUGGUGGAAUUUACAGAGGAUUUUGGUGAUUCGAAGGACUACUGCAUAUAUUUUCUCUUUCAUUGAAACAAUUAUCAAACAAUUCGGACUAUCAGAAACAAUAUUUGAUCUCACACCUAAAGCAGUUUCUCAGGAUGUGUUGAAAAGGUAUGAGAAAGAGGUCAUGGAGUUCGAGAGCUCAUCGUCGAUGUUCAUUAUUAUAGCAACAUUAGCAAUGGUUAACCUUUUUAGUUUUCUCAAAUCUUUCAAGAUCAUCAUUUUUAGGCCACAAUUUGAUAAUCUAGAGAAGUUAGCCUCUCAAUUUGUUUUAUGUGGGCUAAUGGUUAUGGUUAACAUGCCGGUGUAUGAAGCAUUAUUUGUAAGAAAAGAUAACGGUAGGUUUCCUUUCUCAGUUAUGUUCAAAGCCUCUGUGUUGGCUUCAUUUGCAUGUCUUUGCUUGUAAGUUAGACUCAAUUCCAUGUGCUAGAGUUUCUAUAAAUUUAAGAUUCUAUUGAAUGUGGAUUUACA